AUGGAGUCGUUGCGGUUGGAGCAGGAUAAGCUGGACAAGAAGGGCAAUCUGUCAAAGACGAUUGAAGAUGUGCAGAAGACGAUCGACUUGCUCGUCGCCGCGCGAGAAGCCAUAGCUGCUGGUAUGUCUGGCUUGAUCCUUAUCAGAUUUACUCGCCGGUAUCAAAUACUGAUAUACGGGACAGAUGGAGGUGCAGCUGCGCCAACGCUUGCUAGACUGAAGCGUCCGGUCAAGGCUUCACUAGACCAGGUCAACUCGGACAUCAAGGACAUUUACUCGGCCCACAAGGACUACGCAAAGGCCUUAGAUAAGGUCUGUCAAGCCUUUAAGCCUGCCUGGUGCUAUACCUGCUGA